UUUACAAGAUGGCGACCUCCUUUAAGAAAACGAGUAUAAGUGUUCCGAAACUUGUUAAAGAGAAAUCUACGCCUGAUGGUGUAUACUGGAAAAAUUUAGAGACCCCUAUAACAGUGAAAGAAUAUGGAGCAAUCACAGACAUUGACUUUUGUCCUACAAAACCUCAUAACUUUGCUGUUACUAAUUCAAUGAGAGUGCAGAUCUACAAUGGCGGCAGCAGUCAGCUGGAGGGAACAGUGAGUAGGUUUAAAGAUGUGGCCUACAGUGGAACCUACAGGGGAGAUGGGAAGCUGCUGGUGGCUGGCACUGAGGACAAAUACAUUAAACUCUUUAACCCUGGGACACGCUCCCUGCUCAGAACAUUUAAAGGGCAUCAUGGCCCAGUGAGAGUGACAAAGUUCCUACAAGAUCAGUUCCGGAUAAUCUCAGGAUCAGAUGACAAAUCUGUCAGGGUCUGGGACAUCCCCACAGAGAAGGAGAUUCAUAUCUACCAGGAACAUCAGGACUACAUCCGCUGUGGUCUCACGUCCAGCUCCACACAAGAUAUAUUUCUCACAGGCUCUUACGACCACACAGUGAAAUUAUGGGAUGCAAGAACACAAGCCAGUGUUCUUUCAGUCAAUCAUGGCUCUCCUGUUGAAAGCGUCCUUAUGUUUCCUAAUGGCGGUAUCUUCUUCUCUGCAGGCGGUAACGUUGUGAAGAUCUGGGAUGCCCUAGCUGGUGGCAAGCUGAUGGCAACAUUAAACAACCACCACAAGACAGUUACCUCGCUCUGUUUCUGUAGCAAAUACGAACGUUUUAUGUCUGCAUCCUUGGACAAGCAUGUGAAGGUCUACGAUGUCGCUUCGUAUCAAGUGGUCCACACCUUGACCUACUCAGGUCCCAUCCUCAGUCAUGCUGUGUCGCCAGAUGACAACCUGUUGGUGGUGGGGAUGGCAGAUAAGAUGUUGUCCAUACAGAGGAGAAAGCCAGAUGUACAACCAGAACCUACCAGAAGCAAAAAGAAUCUGAAACUGAGAGGUCAUUCACACCAUGCUAAAACAUUUGUACCCAACAAAACAGAUAGUUUUAUAGCCAUUAAGAGACGUGAGCUUUUGGCACCAUAUGACAGACAUUUAAAAUCAUUUAACCACACUAAAGCUUUGGAUGCUGCCUUACAGGUAAAAAUCCGAGUCAAUAAUCCAGAAGUGACAGUUAGUGUCAUGCAGGAGCUGAUUCGACGGGGUCACAUUAGAGCUGCAUUAUCUGGUAGAGAUGACAAUAGUCUUCUGAUGGUGCUCCGCUUCAUUCAUAAAAACCUGAGUAAUCCUGCCUUUAUGAGUACACUGAUGGAUGUAUUCAACCUGAUACUGGAAAUCUAUGGUCUGUCUGAGUUAAUGAACAGUGGUCCUCUGGUGUCAGUGCUGGUGAAGAUUAAAGAGCUGGUCAACUUGGAGGUCCGUCUGAUGACCAGUGUCCAGGAAAUCAUGGGCUCCUUAGAUCUGUUGUUUGCUGUAGCUGAGAACCAAACUCUGCUACCCACAACCUCGAGUGCCAGUGGGGAAAAUGGGAUGGAAACAGACAGUAACACAGUUAAUGAACUUGUUGAAGGACAUUCUUUGUUGAGUCAAAUUGGAUCAUUGGCGACACAUGCUGAUCACAUGAUCAAAACAUAGUGUUCACUAUAGUUUUUAUUAUUAUUAAUGUCUUAAAAAUGUAUUAUGAAAAUUCUACACAAUUGUUGAAAUUAAAAUGCAUAUUUAAUUUAAA